CAACUCUUCAUUGACAAAAACAUACACAUGCACAGAAGCAUCACCACAGCAUCAUAAGAUCUACUACUCUAUAUACGAUAUAUAUGAGUGUUGUUGCAACUUCAAGCAUUAUUCUUGCCUAUGCAUCACCACAGCAUAACACCUUCCAGUUUGUGGCCAUGGAGAAAAAGAUAUACAAGGUGAUUCUUGCAUAUGCAUUCCUCACCGUAACCUUUCAACUUCCCUGUUUAGCCAAAACGAACCUCACCACAGAUCAAACUGCGCUUCUCUCACUGAAGCAACACAUCACCUCCGACCCUUCUCGUAUGCUUGCAACAAACUGGACCAACUCGAGCUCCGUAUGCAGCUGGAUCGGCAUCACUUGCAGCUCUCCCCACCGCAGAGUAUCCGGGUUGAAUCUCUCCGACAUGAGCCUCUCCGGCACCAUCCCCCCACAGCUUGGCCAGCUAUCCUUCCUCGUCUCCCUCGACCUCCGGCUUAACAACUUCACCGGAGAAAUCCCUCCUCUCCUCGGCGAUCUACCAAAGUUACAAUCCUUGGAUCUACGCAACAACAGCCUCGUAGGCCCCAUCCCGAAAUCCCUGUCAAACCUCACAACCCUUCAGUUUCUCGACUUAACUUCCAACUCUCUGACUGGAGAGAUUCCAAAAGAGUUGGGGAAGCUUCAAAGUUUACGAACACUGGGGAUCGACGUGAAUUAUCUCUCCGGUGCUUUACCAUCAGAGAUAUUCAACAUGUCCAAUCUGGUCUCUAUAAGUUUGGCCUUCAAUGAGCUGAGUGGAAGUCUUCCAACAGACAUGUGCAGUAGUCUCCCGUUUCUUUCUCGGAUUUAUCUUCCUGCGAAUCAGCUCAGUGGCGCGAUUCCAACAAAUCUAUCCCAAUGUUCACAGCUCCGGAUAUUAACACUCACCUUGAACUCUUUUAGUGGGCACAUACCUGCACAAAUAGGCUACUUAACAUCUCUUGAGAGCUUAUCUCUUGGUGGUAACAAUUUAAACGGUACACUACCACAUCAGAUUGGCAAUCUUCAGAAACUGGUUGUUUUUGCUACCGAACGCAACCAGAUUGAGGGCUCAUUUCCUUUAAAUAUGUUCUUGAAUAUGUCUUCUUUGCAAGGCAUAAGGAUAUGGAGCAACAAAUUCACGGGGACUCUUUCAAGGGAUGUCGGGAAUCUUACAACGGUGACCUGGUUCGACCUCUCAGAUAACCAGAUGACAGGGCUUAUUCCAACUGAAUUAGGCCUACUUUACCAACUGCAGCGACUGCGGUUAGGUGUGAACAGCUUCAGUGGUCGGCUUCCACAUGAGCUCUUCAACAUUUCAGCUCUGCAAAAUCUUUCACUCGCAGUCAAUUAUCUGUUUGGACUUCUUCCAGCUUACUUAUGCCGCGCCUCUCCCAAUCUUGAACGAAUUUAUCUUGGCAGAAACUCCAUCACUGGAUCAAUACCAAGCUCUAUCUCUAACUGCUCUCAUCUCAGGAUUCUCACAAUUGCUGAAAACAAACUGAGUGGUAAUAUACCUACUGAUCUCGGCAAUCUCAGACAUCUCGAACGCCUUGAUCUGUACAGCAACAAUCUUACAAACACACCCUCCUUAGGCUUCAUUGAAUCCUUGUCAAAUUGCAGGUCUUUAACUCACUUGGUUGUUGGCAUUAAUCCCCUAUAUGGCGCCAUCCCACCUUCUGUCGGAAAUCUAUCUUCCUCACUCCAAGUUUUCUCUGUCGGCCGCUGCAAAUUAAAUGGCACCAUUCCUGUUCAAAUAGGCUAUUUAAGAAGCUUGACCACCUUGGAUUUACAGGACAAUCAGUUAUCUGGUAAUAUUAAUCCACUCUCUUUCAAAUACUUGCAUAACCUUCAAGGGCUAUAUCUUGGUGUUAACAUGUUGCAAGGCCCCAUUCCAGAGGCUAUAUGUGAUUCUUACAACCUUAAUCAUAUAUACCUUAGCGGAAAUCAAUUCUCAGGUCCAAUUCCUGAGUGUUUGGGAAAUCUAUCUUCUUUAAGGCAUAUUUAUCUAAGCUCUAACAUGUUGAAUUCAAGCAUACCUUUAAGCUUAUUUAGCCUAAAAGAUUUGCUGAAUCUUGACUUAUCCUCAAAUUCAUUGAUUGGUUUUUUACCUCAAGAGAUAAGUAACUUAGAAGCCGCAAUCUAUAUCGAUCUAUCGAUGAAUAGGUUGUCGGGGUCUAUUCCUAGCACUAUUGGAAAAUUGCAGAGUUUGGGGAAUUUGUCUUUGGCAAAUAAUAGACUGGAAGGUUCUAUUCCAGUUUCCAUGGGAAGCAUGCUAAGUUUGAUGAGUCUUGACUUGUCCCACAACAACCUAUCUGGUUCGAUUCCGAAGUCAUUGGAAGCACUUCAGUACCUCAACUACUUCAAUGUCUCUUUCAAUACUUUGAGUGGAGAAAUUCCUAGUGGUGGUCCUUUCAAAAACUUCACUAUGGAUUCUUUUGUAGGAAAUGAGGCAUUGUGUGGGAUUCCAAAGUUCCAUGUCUCGGCUUGCCUAGCAGUUUCUAAUCACAGAUCAAGGUGGAACAAGGUGAAACGCGCUUUAUUCGUUGCUCUUGGAGUUGUGGCUUUCAUUUCAAUUGCUUCUCUAGCUUUGAUCUUCGUCGUAUGCAAAAGGAAGGAUAGUACAGGUAGAGAAGUCGAUGAGGUUAUAUCCUUUGUGCCGGAAAGAAUAUCUUAUCAUGAACUUGUGCAAGCAACCGAACAAUUCAAUGAGAGAAAUCUGCUUGGAACGGGGAGUUCUUGCUCUGUUUACAAAGGAAUUCUUAACAAUGGGAAGGUUGUGGCUGCUAAGGUGUUUAAUCUUCAAGUAGAAGGUAUUUCAAGGAUGUUUGAAGUCGAAUGUGAGAUACUUCGUAGCAUUCGACACAGGUGUCUGACCAGCGUCAUAAGUUGUUGUUCUAGUGAACAGUUUAAGGCAUUAGUACUUGAAUAUAUGCCCAACGGGAGCCUUGAAAAAUGGUUAUAUUCUGAUGACUAUUGCUUAAAUAUGAUCGAGAGACUCGAUAUAAUGAUUGAUGUUGCGUCUGCUUUGGAGUAUCUUCACUAUGAUUAUUCGACACCUAUUGUUCACAGCGAUUUGAAGCCUAGUAAUGUAUUAUUAGAUGAAGACAUGGUUGGCCAUGUAAGCGAUUUUGGGAUAGCAAAGUUGCUAGGAAAUGGAGAUAGCACGGUGUUAACCAACACCCUAGCAACAAUAGGUUACAUUGCUCCAGAGUACGGUUUAGAAGGACUGGUUUCGACAAGGUGUGAUGUGUAUAGCUACGGUGUGACGUUGAUGGAGACUUUUACUAGAAAAAGGCCAAGUGAUGAUAUGUUUGGAGGAGAUUUGAGCUUAAAGAGAUGGGUAGAAGUGUCACUUGGAGAGACUCCUGAUGAAGUGAUAGAUGUUAAGUUAGUGAUGAACUUUGAGGAAGGACAUGUUCACAACAUUGUGCAAUGUGUAACAUCCAUACUUGAAUUGGCUUUGAAAUGCUGUGCCGAAUCUCCGGGGGACAGAAUCAACAUGAAAGAAGCACAUCCGGAGUUGCAUAAAAUCAAACGUCGAUUUUUGCAGGGUGAACAAAGUAAGGUUGAUUCGGUGAAACAAAUGCCGGGAUGGCCCGACAAUUGAUAGAUGAUGACAUAUAUCUGAGCUGCAUUGUUGUGUAAUUUCAUUGACACCUUAUGUUUUCUGUGUUUUUUCAUGAAUCAUAAUUAUAUGUGUUUAUGUUGGGUUGUAGAGAAUUUAGAGCUCCCAGUGUAAGUUUUGUGAAACUGUUUGAUGGUUUAUUAAGAAAUUUGAGAUCCAUAUAUA